AUGUGCAAAAAGGACAAAAUCGCUAUAUGCGGCUUGAUGGGCCUCGGUAUACUUGCCGGCGGCCUGGGAACGGGAAAAUUGAUUGAGUUUGUUCGCAAUGAAAACAGCCGCGUGGAUAUUGUUAAUUGCUUCGUGUGCCCCUUCGUCGCCGUCAUUGUUGAGAUCUCACGCGGCAGACCGGGACGUGAUUUGACUAAGGGAGGAUCCGAAUUAUUUUAA